AGAUUACAGUAUAAGAGUAAAGAGAGACGGAGAGCAGUAAUCAAACCUCCUCAGAAGAAAAAAAGAAGAAUAAGAAUAAGAAUGUACGUGACAAGGCCUCUGUCCUUGCUUCUAAAAUCAGCAGAAAGUGUUUCAGCAGCACCCGAUGGUCCAAACAGUGGAUUCCUAGUCAUCCAAGACGACGAAUCUGUGACAUACUGUUGUUUCGGGCUGUGCAAGAAUCGCAGCCUCAAUCAGCUGCCUUUCCCCCAAGACAAGGAGCUCAUCGUUCAAUACACCACCACCACCAACGGCCAAUUCGCUCAAUCAUCCCACGAUCCACUAUUCCUCAUUCCUGCUCUCAACCACCCCCUGUCUUCCAAUCGCUACUACGCCAUCGUUCCCCAUCAAAAACGCAUAGGAGAGGCGUUCACCUGCUCGAGAGAAGAAGAUAAGGUGAGUUGCUGUUUCUGCCGCUGCGUCAAUGACGUGAAGCCGAGGCCGUUGGAUCCGCGCAACGAGUACCAGCAGUUUCAGAUUGCUCCAUACAACGCCUUUUGCUGCUGCAAGGGCCAGUUCGUGGCGAAGUCGGUUGCAUCGGAUGGUUUCCCUCCUGACUUCCUGCGGAGGAAGGGCUGGACCAUCUACACCAAGACGCCGCACACCUUCAUGCUUGACGAAGCACCGGGCCUUGAUGCUGGCCUCCGUGCUAGUCCGCUUGAGUUGGACUCGUCGAGAGUGGUUGGGAAAUGGUACACUCCCUUCGUGUUUGUCAAGGAUGGGUCGCUGAGGGAUCAAGUGAAGCAAUCCAUGUAUUAUGAAGUUACGUUGGAGCAGAGAUGGGAGCAGAUUUUUAAGAUUGGUAAUAAGGGGAUUGAUUCGGUGGUGAUCGAUGCUACGGUUGAGAGGGAGGAGGUGUUUGUUGGUGGGAUGAGCAGAGCUGUGCGGAUCAAGGGAAGCGCGGGUGAUGGGGUGAUCUGGUUUAGGGGUGGUGGAGGAGGAGUGGGGUUGAGAGUGGAGUUGGUGGAGAGGAUGAAAUGGGAGGAGGAGAGAGGAGGUUGGGUGGGAGGGGAGGAGACACAAGUGAAGAUUCAUAAGGUGGAGGAAAUGGGAGGAGGAGGAGGUGGUGAUUGGACUGAGUUUGUAUGUUAUGUGCUGGUAGAGAGGUUCAAAGUGAGGAGAAUGGAUGGGAGUGUGGUCAUUUCUUGUGAUUUUAAGCAUUGGCAUAAGUUGAAGACUAAUUAUUGGUGAUGGAUUUAUAUGUGUUGUGUAUGCUUUGCACAAUUCAGCAUUCGUAGGCACUUUUCUUUUUGUAUGACUUGUUUGUGUUAGAUGGUAGUAGUAUUUAUUUUAUUGCUUCAUAUCUAUGGUUAAUCAUUGUGAGGAAUUGAUAUAGCUUCUUGGUUUAGUUGAUAUCUUCUGUAUGCAAUCAUUGCUAUUUUGUCCA